CGCGCGGCCGGGGGAAGUUGUUUGGGCCUUACCGGCAUCCGGUCGCUGCUUCGCCGGUGCCUCCGGGCGAGCUGCGGUCCGGCCCCCGCCUGUUGGAGCUGGGGGUCAGCGGCGGCCCUGCGCCUCCCGGCAGCUGCUCCGCGAGAUCGGAGACAACAGGGCGCCCCUCACCGCGGCGCCGCGCCACCCCGCCCCGCCUCGCCUCGCCUCGCCAGCAGCCGCGCUCCGGCCCCUCCCCGCGCCCGCUGCACCCUCGCAGCCCGCGGCCUGCCGGCCACCUCCCGGCCUGGCCGCAGCUGAGGAGCCGAGCGGCCCUUCUCGGGGGGCUGCGGGUGACCUCGGAGUAAUGGGGGGUGAUGGACUCGCGCUGAGGUUCAGAGUUCAGAGCUAAGAGGUGAGAACAUUAUCUAAGAGCUGUGACCUGUAACCAUGCCCUCUGACCUGGCCAAGAAGAAGGCGGCCAAGAAGAAAGAGGCAGCCAAAGCUCGCCAACGGCCGAAGAAAACCCCAGAGGAGAAUGGGGAUGCCGAGAUUGAGCAACAGGAGAUGAAGAAUGAGGAGGCCAAUGGGACAGAAGGGUCAGAGAUAGAUGCUUUGACGAAGGAGCUGGAGGACUUUGAGCUGAAGAAAGCAGCUGCUCGCGCUGUCACUGGGGUGCUGGCCUCCCACCCCAACAGCACUGACGUGCACAUCAUUAACCUCUCGCUGACCUUCCAUGGACAGGAGCUGCUGAGCGACACAAAACUCGAGCUGAACUCAGGGCGUCGCUAUGGGCUUAUCGGGCUCAAUGGGAUAGGAAAGUCCAUGCUCCUGUCUGCUAUCGGGAAGCGGGAAGUGCCAAUCCCAGAGCACAUUGACAUCUAUCACCUGACCCGGGAGAUGCCUCCUAGUGAGAAGACGCCACUACAGUGUGUGAUGGAGGUGGAUACAGAGAGGGCCAUGCUGGAGCGGGAAGCUGAGCGGCUGGCUCACGAGGAUGCGGAGUGUGAGAAGCUGAUGGAGCUGUAUGAACGUCUGGAGGAGCUAGAUGCCGAUAAGGCAGAGGUGCGGGCCUCACGGAUCCUGUACGGUUUGGGGUUCACUCCAGCGAUGCAGAGGAAGAAGCUGAAAGAUUUUAGUGGCGGCUGGCGAAUGAGGGUGGCUCUCGCCAGAGCUCUCUUCAUUCGGCCAUUCAUGCUGCUGCUGGACGAGCCCACAAACCACCUGGACCUGGAUGCCUGUGUGUGGCUGGAAGAGGAGCUGAAAACGUUCAAACGGAUCCUUGUGCUGAUCUCCCACUCCCAGGACUUCCUGAAUGGCAUCUGCACAAACAUCAUCCACAUGCACAACCGCAAACUGAAGUAUUACACGGGAAAUUAUGAUCAGUACGUGAAGACCCGUCUGGAGCUGGAAGAAAAUCAGAUGAAGCGUUUCCAUUGGGAGCAGGAUCAGAUUGCCCACAUGAAGAAUUACAUUGCACGAUUCGGUCAUGGCAGUGCCAAGCUGGCCAGGCAGGCCCAAAGCAAAGAGAAGACCCUUCAGAAAAUGAUGGCUUCCGGGCUAACGGAGAAGGUGGUGAAUGAUAAGACUCUGUCGUUUUAUUUCCCACCAUGCGGGAAAAUCCCCCCUCCUGUCAUCAUGGUGCAGAAUGUCAGCUUCAAGUACAUGAAGGAUGGGCUGCUGCCCACAGAUGGGAUGAUUCGCAAACAUUCGCAUGUGAAAAUUGGCAGAUACCACCAGCACUUGCAAGAGCAACUGGACUUGGACCUCUCACCCCUGGAGUACAUGAUGAAGUGUUACCCAGAAAUCAAGGAGAAGGAGGAGAUGAGGAAGAUCAUUGGCAGAUAUGGUCUGACUGGGAAGCAGCAGGUGAGCCCCAUCCGGAACCUCUCUGAUGGGCAGAAGUGCCGUGUGUGUUUCGCGUGGCUGGCCUGGCAGAAUCCCCACAUGCUCUUCCUGGACGAACCCACCAACCACUUGGAUAUAGAAACAAUAGACGCUCUGGCAGAUGCCAUCAACGAGUUUGAGGGAGGAAUGAUGCUUGUCAGCCAUGACUUCAGGCUCAUCCAACAGGUUGCCCAAGAGAUCUGGGUCUGCGAGAAGCAGACAAUCACAAAGUGGCAGGGUGACAUCCUCGCUUACAAGGAACAUCUCAAGUCAAAAUUGGUGGAUGAGGAGCCCCAGCUCACCAAAAAGACCCACAAUGUGUGAGUGCUGGAGGGGUCGGUCAGGUGCUCUCCCUGGAGACUGACACAGCGGCCAGCCUGACCCACCCUCCUGCUGCCUGGAAUCGGACUCUGCUGCUAUCUCUGUGGUUCUGUUCUAGCAUUGCUGCAACGUUGCUUCUCCUCGACCCUCCCUGUAUCUCUACAUCUGGACAACCCCUUCCCUUCUAUUCCGACUGCACUCAGGCAACUGUAUCCACAGCUGGAUGGUGUCUCAUCCUACACCAGACCUUCUACUCCAAUAGGCUGGAGUCAUGGUGAUGGCAGUAGGGAAUCUGACUUGACAUGAUACAGAAGUGGAGACCCUAGCCCAUCUUCUCACCCUUCACCCCCAACUUUCUGCUUCAGUUUAGAAACUUCACUUCAAACUCCUCAGGCCUUGGUUUGUUUUUUAAUGAUUAUUUAACAGUGUAAUUACCAGAUCUGCCUGAGAAUCCAUCAGUCAAUAAAGAGGGAAGAACAGUC